AUGGCGACAAAGCAAGGUCGGUCGGCGGCGAGGUUCGGCCAACGAGCUGAAGGUAAAGCAGUGAACGUGGAUGAGAAGGAAAAGAAGGGGCUAAUAGAGCAGAUUAAAGAGAAGUUUAGUAAGAAAAGCAAGGAAGAAGUGGAGGUUCCUGAGAAAGCUCUUGACAAGCUGGAAUGUAAGAGCAAAGACUCGGACUCCGGCUCCAAGUGCAGCGAUGACUCUAAUUCUGAUGCUGACUCUGGAGAUGACUCUAAUUCUGGCCAGGAUGACAAAUCUAAAUUAAAGGUGGAGGAGGAGAAGAAAAAAGAACUAGAGGAGAAGGCACAGGAGAAGCCUAGUGGAACUGGAGAAGACACAUCAGCAGCAGCACCAAAGAAACCCAUGGAAGUGGAGGACGCCCAAGAAGAGAAGCGUAUCUUGGAGAAGAUUAGGGAGAAGCUGAUUGUGAAAGAAUAG